CAAAAUAUUUUUCCUAUAUAUAUGUCCGGGAGGAUAUACAAAGGUGAAUGAAAACUGUAAGAAAAAAAGAAGAAGAAGAAGAAAAUGGCCUCUCACUCUCAGGUUUUGGUGGAAGAGAAAUCGAGUGUUAGAAUCUUGACAUUUAACAGACCCAAGCAGCUGAAUGCUCUGUCCUUCAACAUGAUCUCUCGGUUGUUGCAACUAUACCUUGCAUAUGAAGAAGACCCUAGUGUGAAACUUGUCAUCUUAAAGGUAAUCCCUAUCCUUAUUAUAUUUUCUGUUUGCAAAAACUUUAUAACUAUGCAACAGGGUCAAGGAAGAGCCUUUUGUGCUGGUGGUGACAUUCCACCUAUUGUUCGUGAUAUCCUACAAGGUAAAUGGAGACGCGGUGCCGAUUACUUUAAUGUUGGAUACAUGGCCAACUAUGUUUCGGCCACUUACAGAAAAGUUCAGGUUUCAAUUUUGAAUGGUAUUGUCAUGGGAGCCGGAGCUGGUCUCUCUACCCAUGGUCGAUUUCGUAUUGCAACUGAGAACACGGUUUUUGCAAUGCCUGAGACAGCUCUAGGGCACUUUCCAGAUGUAGGGGCCUCUUACUUCUUGUCAAGGCUCCCUGGAUUUUUUGGAGAGUAUGUUGGCCUUACAGGAGCUAGGUUAGAUGGCCCCGAUAUGCUUGCUUGUGGUCUUGCAACUCAUUUUGUGCCUUCAACGAGGUUGACUGCAUUAGAAGCAGAUCUUUGCAAAGUUGGUUCAAGUGAUCAAACAAUUGUCUCAACAAUUCUCGAUGCAUACACUGAGUAUCCGCACCUGAGACAGCAGAGUGCUUACCACAGGUUAGAUGUUAUUGAUAGGUGCUUCUCGAAAAGAAAAGUGGAGGAAAUUAUAUCUGAACUUGAGAGAGAGGUCACUCAAGAACCGGACGAUUGGAUCUUAGCUACCAUUCAAGCAUUGGAGAAAGCUUCGCCAUCAUGCCUUAAAAUCACUCUUAGAUCGAUAAGAGAAGGAAGAUUUCAAGGUGUGGGACAGUGUUUUACCCGUGAGUAUAGAAUGGUGUGUCAUGUGAUUAAGGGAGAUUUAAGCAAAGACUUUAUGGAGGGGUGCAGAGCCAUAUUGAUAGACAAAGAUAGGAACCCAAAGUGGGAGCCAAGGCGACUAGAGGACGUGAAGGAUAGCAUGGUAGAUCAGUACUUUGAGAGGGUGGAGGGAGAGGAGGGAUGGGAGGAUAUUAAGUUUCCGCCAAGGAACAACUUGCCUGCUUCAUCAAUCGCAGCAAAUCUUUGAAAUGGAGAAAGGUGAUUCAUGAGACAACAAUUGGUUAGACAUCAAACCAGCGACCAUACCGAGGAAAGAGACAAAACCCGAAAUAUAAUAAAAUUUCUUCUACUACUUUCUUUUGUUACGGCAAAUAAGAAUAGACGUGUGCUCUGUUUCAUCUUUUCAAGGAUCACAGUAUCUCACAUUUCCAUUAUUCUCCUUUGUACACUAUAUAUGCUUCAAUGUAUGUAGGAACUUGUGAUUUCAAGUUCCCUAUUAAAGAAAAUAAAAAAGAAAGGCGGAGAAAUAUGUCUAAAUAAUC